AUGAACUCCUUCCGCUUUGCUCGCUCCGCCAUGCGGGCUACUCCUGCCAUGUUCCGCGCUCCCAUCCAGCGCCGCGGAUACGCUGAGGCUGUCUCCGAGAACAUUAAGCUGUCCCUGACCCUGCCUCACAAGGUCAUCUACCGCUCCACUGGCGUGACCCAGGUCAACCUCCCCGCCGCCUCCGGUGAGAUGGGUGUUCUCGCCAACCACGUUCCCUCCAUUGAGCAGCUGCAGCCCGGUGUUGUUGAGAUCAUUGAGGAGGGCGGCGCCACCAAGCAGUUCUUCCUGUCCGGUGGAUUUGCUGUUGUUCAGCCCGACUCUCAGCUGAGCAUCAACGCCGUCGAGGGCUACGCUCUUGAGGACUUCAGCGCUGAGGCCAUCCGUUCCCAGAUCGCCGAGGCCCAGAAGAUUGCCAGCGGCAGCGGCAGCGAGCUUGACAUUGCUGAGGCCAAGAUUGAGCUUGAGGUUCUGGAGACUCUGCAGGCCCAUGUCAAAUAG